AGCACACUAGCUAGGAUUAGGUCGACGACACACAAAAGCAGGUACUUGCUUAACUGCUGUGGUUGAGCAGGCAGAAUAUAUAGAUAUAUAUAUAUAUAUAUUAUAUAUCAUAUGUAUAUAUAUAUGAUAUAUAAUAUAUACGCAUACAGGAAUUAAAAAGAACAGGCCAAACCAAUCUCCCUCCCCCACUGUGACUAUUACUCCUUCCUUCACGACACAAACCGCCAGUUUUGAGUGAGUGCGGACGGGAAUAACCAACUGUCCGUGUAUGUGUUGUAUUUGUGUUAUAAGCAAGCCAUACACACACCAUACCACAUCACAUUUAGACUGGAUUAGACACACUACUACCCCUGUCAUCCUAGUGUCCGUAUGUGUAUUAGUAUUAUAAAAGACACACACACUGGAAUAGAAAUAUUCUACCCUUACCACCAGAACUAAAAUCUUGUCAAAGACAGAAUAUUGGAAACUUCAUUUAAAUUACUCCGGUUAAAUUAUAUUCUGCAAGGAAGGAAAAACAGAAUUAUUUUUCUGAAUUUACUUAUUUUCUUCUUCUUCCACAACAAGGAUUAUUAUUAUUACUUAUUACCGUGGAUUUACUUGCUACGAAAAGACAGGAAGAUCUACUCCACACAUUCAACUACACGAUUCUUUCACCAACCUUCUGUUUUCCCUUCUGUACCAUUUAUAUAUAAUAUUAUAAUAAGGAAAAGGAAGCCUUUAAAUUCCAAAAAAAGGGGAGAACCAUGGGUUGUGCUGUGAGUAGUGUGGACAAGGCUGCCGCCGAGCGGUCUAAGGCCAUUGAUAAAUCAUUGAGAGCAGAAGGAGAACGAUCUGCCCGGGAAGUUAAAUUACUAUUGCUAGGUGCUGGUGAAUCUGGAAAGAGUACAAUUGUAAAACAGAUGAAAAUUAUCCAUGAGAAGGGCUACACUCAAGAAGAAUGUCUUCAGUACAAGCCAGUUGUAUACAGCAACAUCAUGCAAUCCAUGAUGGCUAUCAUUCGAGCUAUGGGCUUGCUGAAAAUUAAUUUUGGAUCCUCGGAGGGAGAGAAUGAUGCCAAAACUCUCUUUGAAAUUUCGCAAAAUUCUGAUGAAUGUGACAUGACUCCAGAAUUAUCUGCUCUCUACAUGAGGCUGUGGAGUGACCCUGGAGUGAUGUCUUGUGUCGCUCGAUCUCGAGAGUACCAACUCAACGAUUCAGCUCAAUACUACCUAAAUGCCUUGGAGAGAAUAUCGCAACCAAAUUAUAUACCAAAUGUACAGGAUGUUCUACGCACGCGAGUGAAGACAACUGGAAUCGUAGAGACACAUUUUACAUUCAAGGAAUUACGCUUUAAAAUGUUUGAUGUCGGAGGUCAACGAUCUGAGAGGAAGAAAUGGAUUCACUGUUUUGAAGGUGUCACAGCUAUAAUAUUCAUUGUAGCCAUGAGUGAAUACGACUUAAUGUUAGCCGAGGACCAAGAAAUGAACCGAAUGAUGGAAAGUAUGAAAUUAUUUGACUCCAUCUGCAACAAUAAAUGGUUCUUGGACACUUCCAUUAUGCUCUUCCUCAACAAGAAAGAUUUAUUCGAAGACAAAAUCAAAAACUCUCCUCUCACAACUUGCUUCCCAGAGUACGAAGGUGGCAAUACUUACGAAGAGUCCGCAGCUUACAUACAACUCCAGUUUGAAAACCUAAACAAACGGAAAGAGGAGAAAGAAAUCUACACGCACUUCACUUGUGCCACAGACACCAAUAACGUCCAGUUUGUGUUUGAUGUGGUCACUGAUGUUAUCAUCAAGAAUAAUUUGAAAGACUGCGGUCUCUUUUAAAGUUGGUUUCCAUAAACUUGCUAACUAUUGACCAGCCAGGUGACCGGCCAUUUGUGACCCACAGAUACUAUCACCAUGAUUACUACUUCUGCUACUACUACAACUAUUACAAUAGAGAAAGGACUUGAGAAGAACUUUACUUUUUAUAUAUGAAUAUGUAUGCGUGUGUAUAUAUAUAUAUAUAAAUAUAUAUAUAUAUAUGCAUGCACAUAUAUAUAUAUAUCUGAAUAUAUGUGUGUAUUUAUGUGUGUGUAUGUAUAUAUAUGAGUACAUACUCAUACACACACAUUGACAGGCAUCAGUGAAUAUGCAUAUGUAUAUAUUUAUGUAUGUAUAUACAUAAAUAUAAAUUUUGCUUAUUUUUUUUUUCCUAAUUCAUGAAACAUCAUUCUACCAUCACAAUCAUCAUCAUCAUCACCGUCAUCAUCAUCAUCACCACUUAUUGUCACACAUUGUUUUUUUUUUUUUUUGUCUUUUCACCAAAACAAAAACAAAAACUCUCCUCCAAUACUCUUACUCACUCUACUCCUCUUUUCUGCUUUUCUUCUUUCUUUCUUACUCUUAUUUUAAUUGCCUGAAUGACUUUAUUGUUAUUUUUACAUGUUUAAAUCCCUUCCCGGACAUUUUUAUAUUUCGUCCUUGUGUUGUCCCCAACGUAUUUGACCCUUGUGGUCAAUAAAAUAUUAUUAUUAUUAUUAUCAUUAUUACUAUUAUUAUUGUUAUUAUUAUUAUUAUUAUUAUUAUUACUAUUAUUAUUAUUAUUAUUUAGGUGGUGAGCUGGCAGAAACGUUAGCAUGCCAGGCAAAAUGCUUUGCAGUAUUUUUGUCUGCUGCUACAUUCGGAGUUCAAAUUCCACCGAGGUCGACUUUGCCUUUCAUCCUUUCGGGGUCGAUAAGUUAAGUACUAGUGAAACACUAGAGUCGAUGUAAUCAACUAGUCCACUCCCCACGAAUUUCAGGCCUUGUGCCCCUAACAGAAGGGAUUAUUAUUAUUAUUAUUAUUAACAUCUUUGUGGUGCAGAACUAUCUUACAAUUAAUCCUUUUUUUUAAUUACUCCCCCCUCCACUUAACCAUUUCAGUUUGCCCUGGGGUACAGAGAAGGUGUAACAUUUGACUGGUUUUCAUCCACCUUUCAUCACCUUCACUUUUUUUUGUGGUAACUAACCUUUAAAAUACCUGUCAUAUACUACGGUAUACCAGGGAAGAAAGCACAACAUAUAGAGAUACAUUUCAAUUGAAUCUACUUUUAAUUUUUCUUUAUAGAAAUUCACAUCAUUAUUAUCAUCAUCGUCAUCAUCAAAGCAAUGAGCUGGCAGAAUUGUUAGCACACUGGGCAAAAUGCUUAGCAUCUUUACAUUCUGAGUUCAAAUUCUGCUGAGGUCGGCUUUGCUUUUUUAUCUUUCCAAAGUCAAUAAAAUACCAUUUGAGUGCUGGGGUCAAUGUAAUCAACUUAACCCCCACUCCCUUGUUGAACUCCCAUCUUUAAAUCUGGCCAGGGUUUGAAGAAAUAUGAACCAGGUAGGGAUGAACUCACCAGAUGCUCCACUCUGCAACACCUAAGUUCUGUGUUCUCAAUUUCAUCCUUGUACUGUCCCCAUCUGAAGCUUUUGUUGCCCUUAAAAGAAAUUAUUAUUAUUAUUAUUAUUAAGGCAGCAAGCUGGCAGAAAUGCUUAGUGGUACUUUGUCAAUUGCAACAUUCUGAGUUCAAAUUCCGCUGAGGUCGACUUUGUCUUUUGAUCCUUUCAAGGUCGAUAAACUAAGUACCAGUUGAGUACUGAGGUCUCUGUAAUCAAGUGUCCCCUUCUACCAAAAUUUCAGGCCUUGUGCCUAUAAUAGAAAGGAUUAUUAUUAUUAUUAUACACACUGCAGUGGAUUAGCAGAAUGGUCAGAGCAUCAGACAAAAUGCCUUGAGGUAUAACUCCUGAUCAGAGUUCAAAUCCUGCUGAGGUGAAUUUUUCCUUUCAUCCUAUCGGGGUUGAUAAAGUAAGGGCCAGUUGAGUUUCUGGGGGUUGAUGUUAUUGACUUACCCCAUCUCCUAAAAUUGCUGGCCUUGUGCCAAAAAUUUGAAGCCAUUAUUAUUAUUAAUUAUUAUUAUUAUUAAUUGGGUUGAUAGAGGCAAGCUUACAGAAUUAUUAGCACCCAGGACAAAAUGCAUAGCUACAUUUCUUCUAGUUUUGCAUUUUGAGUUCAGAUUCCUCGGAGGCUGGCUUUGAAUUUCAUCUUUUGAGGAUCAAGAAAUCAAAUACUUGUUGAACAUUGGGGGUUGAGGUAAUUGAUUGGUCCCCUCUCCUGAAAAUUUCAGGCCCUUGUGCUUAUAGUAGAAAGGCUUCUUCAGUAAGAAUGUUUUUUGGCAGAAAUGGUGCAAGAUUCCUUCCAUCACCCGACAUCUGUGUUUGAAUCCUCUUCCGUAGGGUUCACUUUACCCCUCAUCCAUCUUCUUUUGUCCCAGGAGUAAGUAAGGGAGUGGGGGAGUUGAUAAAAUGAAACAGCAAGUCCAGUAUUGUGGAGGGCAGGGAGGCAGGGCUGAUAUAUAAGUGAAUAUACCCCCUCCCCUUAAAAUAUAAUUUGAGGCUUUAUGCUUAUUCCCCUUUGUAAUGUCCCCAUCCAACCUCGUCUGUCGCCCUUGUUGCAAAUAAUAAAAAAAAAGGAUAAUUAAUACUAUUAUUAUUAUUAUUAUUGCUGCUAUUGGUCGUUGCAGUGCUAGAGACUCUGAUAGUCUUUUACUGACCAUUCCCAUGAGACUCCCUCCUCACAUGAAACCCUUUUUCUUUGUUUUGUUUUGAUUUUUUUUUUUUAUUAUUUAAAACAAAAAUACAAAAUUGUGAAAAACUUUAAAAAAAAAUGUCUGUUUUACUUAAAAAAAUGAUAUUUUGUAAGGAAAAAAUACUGAAAAAAAUGCUUUGAUUUUUCACAUUUAUCAACGUCAUUAUUAUAUAUGGAUCUAAUAAAGAACUAAGAAUUAUUA